CGACAUGUGAACACUUAGGGCAGAGUCUUGUGAACAGCUUUGUAACAGUGGACUGAACGUAUCGUUAUUAGUUGGGUUUAAUGUCUGUCGACGACAUGGUGGCCCUCGUUUCAACAGCUUAACGUUAGCUAGCUGGCUAACUCUUAGCUGCUCGUGCCGGUGGACGGUUGACACACGGCACAUUAGAGGGCACAGCAGCUGUCAGAGAGAGCCUGGAAGUGUCUCGCAGUGACGGCCGUGACAUUAACAUGACCACACAAACCAGGCAGCACAGCUGUCGGCACGAUGCAGACACCGGGCAGAACCACCAACUUCAACUUUUCAUAUGAGGAGGAGACCCUGGGCUCCUCUGCUCUCUCCUCCACCAUGACCAUUGACAAGCUCUUCCCGGCUCUCUUGGAGUGCUUUGGCAUAAUUCUGUGUGGGUACAUCGCUGGGAGGGCGAACAUCAUCACCCCCACCCAGGCCAAAGGAAUGGGGAAUUUUGUGUCCAAAUUUGCCCUCCCAGCGCUCCUGUUUAAGAAUAUGGUACUGCUGGACUUUGGUAAUGUCAUCUGGCCAUUCCUCUGGAGCAUCCUCAUUGCCAAAGUGUCUGUGUUUUUCAUGGUCUGCGUCCUCACACUGAUUGUUGCCAGUCCAGAGAGUCGCUAUAGUAAAGCCGGGAUAUUCUCAAUAUUUGCCACACAAAGUAAUGACUUUGCUUUGGGAUAUCCUAUAGUUGAAGCACUUUACCAGAGCACAUAUCCAGAGUACCUCCAGUACAUCUACCUGGUUGCACCUGUGUCCCUGAUGCUCCUAAAUCCCAUCGGCUUUGCCUUCUGUGAGAUCCAGAAGUGGAAGGAUCAGGAAAACCAUCAGCAGAGCAAAUUUCUGAUCAUGGGACUUGUGGUUUUACAGGUCUUAAAGAACCCUAUGGUAUUUAUGGUUGUCAUUGGCAUCAUCGCCCACUUUGUCCUGCACCAGACAAUUCCUGCCUUCAUGGCUGAAUUUGUGGAUGGCUUGGCCAAUUCUUUCGGGGGAGCAGCUCUGUUCUACUUGGGUCUGUCGAUGGUGGGCCAGUUGAGGAAAUUGACCAGAUCCACAGUUGUUACACUGAUACUACUCAUUACCGCAAAACUGUUGCUAAUGCCCCUGAUUUGUAAGGACAUGGUGGAUCUGUUGGACAGUAGCAACACCAGCUCUUCGAACCACUCAAGCCUCUCCAAUUAUGCCUUUCUUUACGGCGUGUUUCCUACUGCACCAAGCGUGGCUAUCUAUGCUGUCUAUUAUAAUGCGGAGCUAGAAGUUGUGACCUCUGGCAUGGUGAUCAGCACUUUUCUCUCAGCUCCAAUAAUGUAUGUUUCUGCCUGGUUACUUACAAUCCCUGGGAUGGAUCCUCAGCUUUUGAUGAAUUCACUGCAGAAUGUCAGCUUUAACAUAAGCAUAGUGAGCUUAGUUGCUCUGGUGUGGACAACUGCUGUCAUGUUUUUAAGUAAGAAAUUCAAGAAGCUGCCUCACAUGUUUACUGUCAACCUUUUCUUGGCCCAGUUUCUAACUUGCAUUGGGAUGAUCCUGUGGAACUUUGUGGUGAAGGGAGAAAACUUCAUCGGGCAGGUCCUGACUUUCACAUUAUUAUGUACCUCACUCUACAGUUCAUAUGUGUGGCCAGGUUUAAUAGCACUCUCACUUGUGCUCAUGAAGAGGUUUGAGGAUCUGAAAGUUUCACCAGGCAUGUUGGUCAUUGCAGGCUGGGGGUUUCCAGCUUUAGUAACUGCUGUGUUGCUUCUUAUUGGGGAAAAAAUGCCUGACACGAUUGACUCGUCGUUCUUUUAUGGCAAACCACAGAUAAUCCUGACCACAGUCGUAGUCUCCCUCAGCAUACUGCUGGGAGGGGGCUCGCUUGUUUGUCUCAGCAGAGGAAGCUGGGCCCAGAAUGACCAAACUCAAGAGGGAAACUCUUCAUUUGACAAUGCAGAGAAUCUUGUGACUGAAAUUGAACCAGAAAACCAGACUCUGGUUGAGCCAGUCACCCCAUCAGGAGAUCUCAACAGAGCGUGCCUCAUGUGUGACUGUGGCCAACCCCAGCCCAUGCCUGACAUGAUCAUCAGCACAAAUAUGAACAACACACCAACCACAUCCACAGGUCAGUGCGAGAAUAGGUGUGAAUCAACAGACUGCCUGCUUGUCGAAGUGGAAGAGCACCAACAGGUUACAGAUAGACAAGUGGCCCGUCAUGUGCUCUUAUGUCUGCUUCUGACUGUCAGCUUGCUUGCUAACUUGUCCAGCUGCUUGUGGUUACUCUUUAACCGUAAUCCUGGUAGACUCUACCUGGAGCUGCAGUUCUUCUGUGCCGUGGCCAACUAUGGACAAGGUUUUAUCUCCUUCGCUCUGUUUGGGCUGGACAAGCAUUUGAUUAUAUUACCAUUUAAAAAGAGGUUGUACAGUCUGUGGCAUGGAAAGAAGCAAGAAGAGCAGCUGCAGAGUGAUUUGCCUGAGGAUGUCAGGAUGACCUGCAUCCAGUUCACCAAAUAUCACAAGGACCAGUGUUUUCAGGACAUUGUUAAAAAGAGAAGGUGUGGAAAGAGGACUGUGGUGGACUGUUUUCUUGGCUGUGAACUUGUGGAGUGGCUUCAGCAGGUGGGCUUGGCUCAGGACUGUGGUGAGGCAGUACUCUAUGGUAUACGGUUACAGCAGGGUGGUGUGCUCCAGCAUAUCAAGCAGGAAUACAGCUUCGAAGACAGUCUCCUUUAUUACCGCUUCAUGGUAUAAGACAGAAAGGUGAACGUUGACAGUUAAAUCCCAAAGGUAAAUGACAUUUCAGUCCAUAAAAAAGUGCCUGCCAAAUGUAUCCUGAGGUUGAUUAACAGGAUGAACAACACUGAUCUUUAAAGAGCACAGGCACCCAGACUGAAGAUUCUGUUUGCUGCGCCAUGCUCUUGUUCACACCCUGUGCAGCACAGCCCUUCCAAAUACAUUCUUGUGCAGCAGAACAUCAUAGUUGGGUGCUGGAACAGACCACACCUGACCGCGAUGUUAGGUGUGUUAAGAAGUGCAACAGAAUUGAAACUUUCAAACUUAAAUGCCAGAGCACUGUGCAUUGUGGGGAGUUGGUCUUAAAAGGGAAUUAACAAUGUACACAUACAGCAUGUAUGUGUAACAAAAGGAAUUUGUAAAAGGAAUCUUUAAAAUCAUCUCAGUCUUAUUUUUGCAGUAUUACAUUUAACAUUUCACUUACUAGGUUAAUUCCUGAGAUAUGUUACAGCAGUUCAUCAGGGCAGGAACAUCAGCUGUCAGAUGAUCAUACAUGUACAAUAAACUCCCAGUUUAGCCAUAA